AGUUCAAUUCUGUUUGUCAAGUCGGAGAAUUAACUUCUUUUCAUCGUCAAAAUGCUGAAGCUGGUAUUCCUUUUGCUCGCCGCCCUCCUGGCCAUUGCCAUGGCAGCUCCCGGCCCGAAUCCAGCCCCUGCUCCAGUUCCCCAGUUCGUCUACUCCGCCGGGUAUCCGGCCGUGGGCUAUGCCUCGCCCUACGUCUUCUACGGCUGAUUCGAAAUACGGAUUGACUUUAUAAAUAAAAGCUUU